UUGAAUAUCAAAAGUGUGUUUUUUUUUCUUUUAGCUCUCCUUUACGCUACCAUUUUUGGUAAUGUAACCACCAUCUUCCAGCAAAUGUACGCCAAUACCAACCGCUACCACGAGAUGUUAAAUAGCGUGAGGGACUUUCUGAAGCUCUACCAGGUUCCCAAGGGCCUCAGCGAGAGAGUGAUGGACUAUAUCGUCUCCACUUGGUCCAUGUCCAGAGGCAUUGAUACAGAUAAGGUGUUGCAGAUUUGUCCCAAGGACAUGCGAGCGGACAUCUGCGUCCAUCUCAACAGGAAGGUGUUCAAGGAACAUCCAGCCUUCCGACUGGCCAGCGACGGGUGUUUGCGAGCUCUUGCUAUGAAGUUUCAGACCAUCCACAGUGCUCCGGGAGACCUGAUCUAUCACGCAGGUGAAAGUGUGGACAGCCUCUGCUUUGUGGUGUCAGGCUCCUUAGAGGUCAUUCAAGACGAUGAAGUUGUUGCCAUUUUGGGGAAGGGUGAUGUGUUUGGGGACGUGUUCUGGAAGGAGGUGAAUUUAGCUCAGGCCUGUGCCAAUGUUCGUGCACUGACCUACUGUGAUCUUCACAUCAUCAAACGUGACGCCUUACAGAAGGUUCUGGAGUUCUACACGGCCUUCGCGGGACACUUCUCUCGAAACCUGGUGCUCACCUACAACCUGAGGAAAAGGAUUGUCUUCCGUAAAAUAAGCGAUGUCAAACGGGAGGAGGAGGAGAUCCUGCGGAGGAAGAACGAAGCUCCUCUGAAUCUUCCCCCAGACCAUCCUGUGCGACGCCUCUUCCAACGAUUCCGUCAACAGAGAGAAGCCCGGCUGGCCGCAGAGCGAGCAAGUCAAGGAGAACAGGACGUCGAGAGAGGCCAGAUUCAUGUACAGCAAACUGCGAUGCACGAGAUCAGUGCACCAAUUAGCAUCGUCACAGUUACUGAGGGUACAACUACACCAGCCACCUCAUCAUCAUCUAAAACAUCAUGCAGAGCCAAAUUUCAAACUCAUAUGGCCCCUAAUGGAAACUGUAGUGGAAGUAAGCCAGCCGAACCACCAAUCAAUAAAGGCUGGGGUCGGUUUAAAGAAGCCACAGUCAAGUCUGAGCUCUCUUGGUCCCCUAUGUCCAAAGCAGAGUCCAUGGAGACACUCCCAGAUAGGACUAAAUCACAAGACAAACUGUCCCUCAAAAAGAUUAACUCUUGUGACAGUGGCAUCACCAAGAGUGACCUGAGACUCGACAGCAUGGGUGACAGUACUACUCGAACCCCUCAGGAUCGAAGCCCCAUGCAACAUGAUGGGCGUCAAGCCUUCUGCCUGAUUCAAAAGCACAGUCUUCAGGCCUGCUUGACAGAACUUAAGCAGGAACUGCGAGGGGAUAUUCACUCUCUGAGCAGCAGAAUGUCAGCGCUUGAAAACCAGCUUGGCGAUAUACUCAGACUCCUCAAAGCAAGAAAGAGCUCAGAGUCUUCCCAUUUGUAUGACAUAUCAAGACCUGAGUCACCAGACUCAGAAAAAGAUGACAACACGUUCUCUUAACAACGUUUGUUGUGUCAUGUUGAUGGUGUACUGCAGGGAACAGUGUUAGGUGCUGUUACAGUUAAAGCUGAACUGACCUCAACCACUAUCAACACAUGUUACUUCACUGGCAAGAAUUUAUUGAUGUUCAUGAUGAACUUAAAUAAUGCUAGGGUUUUUAACUUAAUCUUUUUAAUAUAUCACUAUGAUGAAAUCAACUGUGAACAUCUUGUAUGGCUCAAGUGAACAUAUAUUUGUUUCUGUGAAAUGUACAACUGUCACCAGUCUUCUCCUGGUUUUCACUAUGAAAUCAUUUAUCAGAUUUUAAUCUCAAAACUAAAUUGUGUGCGAUGAAUCAAACUGAAACCCAUUCAUUUUGCGACAGUUAGCAAUUGUCGGGUAAAUUGUACCAUCUAAAAAUAGGUACUGAGGACACAUGCAUUUACAUUUACAUACAUUGUUUCUCAGUAUUAGUCCUCGCACCUCCCCUCCCUUUUACAGUAAUGUUUCAGAUAUCUCCCUGUAUAAAACACUUGAUUCAACUCAUCAGAUUCUGAUGAUCAGAAAUACGCUUGUCUGACUUGAUGCAGCACCAUAAAAAUGUUUCCAAAUUAUUUUGGUACUUGUUUUUUACAGUGUAAUAAA